CACUGUAAAACACAAAUGAGUGACAACAUUCAACUAUAUCUUUUUGGAGAAAAAUUUUUAAAAAAGGUUUUCUAAAAAGGUUUUUGCUGCACUUUCAAGCAAAAUGUCCUUCCGCACUGGAGAAUUUCAGAUGAUCAGUGUAAGAGGGUUUGGAAGCCUUUCAGAUAACCCACCCAGCAGGAGGCGAUGCACAAAUUGCAAUUUAGGGACACAUUCGGGUGAAACAGAGUUUAGAAAGGGAGAUGCUGGUAAGCGCUAAAAAGGAAGAGAAGACUGGGAAAAGUAAUGUCUGAACAUGUGUUUUACAGAUUCAUCCUAAAUGUGGUGAAGAGAAACCUAAGGGGGCUCUUUCCUGUGUCAGCUGCACCAUGGCUGGGAUGACUUCAGUAAAGACCCCGUCAAGCCCUUCUGACAUGUAGUGUCAAACUGAUGUCCCUGUGAUCCUCUGUCACUCUUUGCCUGCCUCCUUCCACCUCUGGUUAGCUGAUAGGUUCUUAUGAUUUUGAGGCUGAUCACAAUAUUAGCCAUAGUUAAAUAUUAUUAAUAUUUGAAUCCCCCUUCUUUUAAAAUGACUGUCCCGUCUGAAGCAAUCUACUUUGUUAAAGGAUGGUUUUGAUUUUCUGCAGGUGGGUUCUUCCCGGUCACCUGGGGAUAGGGUCUCCUGUCGCAGCCGUUGAGGUGGAGUCUGCUAGUGGGCGGGUGGGCUUGGGCUCAGAGCCCGAGACUGCACCCCCAGCUUUCAGACCCUGCCCUCUGGCUGACGUACUCUGCAGGGUUACCCACACCUUGUCCUCCUUCAGGGACCUCUUAGGGAGUUGGUUGUGGUAAUGCCUUCGCCCUGGCAGGGCACUGAGGCUGUAAAAUCACAGAACACACAGUUCUAGCGAAUUCUUCAUCCCGUUUGGCCCUCACAGACACCCCAGGGGGGAGACCAAGCUGGGCCGGCAUCAGCUCCACUCCACAGGGGAGGAAGCUGAGGCUCAGGCGGCCACGUGGCUGGCCCGGGCCGCGCUGCUGUCGGUCACAGCGGGUGUUCACACCGCGAUCUUCUAACCUGCGACCAGCACUGCUUUUGUUUCUUCAGUGAUUCUUGCCGCAAGCAGUAGGCAAGUCCCCACUUCAUGGAUCAGACUGAGAUGGUUUAAAAAGGACCCAGGAAAAACAGAGAAGAGCGACACUCGCCUACAGGCAAGCACCUCCAGAGACCCCGUGUGCAUAUGAACGUAGAGAGUCAGGAGGCGACCAAACCACCUGCCUCGGGUUGUGAGCACAGCCCUGACUCAUCCACUGGACACGUGUCGGCACUUGCAAAGAAGGGAAAAAUAGUCCCGAACUUAGGAGAACACGUGUCUCCAGCCAUAGAGACUGAGCGUUCUUAGUGCUAGGAUUUUAAUUCAAGUUCCACCUCCAGCACCAUCCACUUGAUACCAUAUGUAACAAUCGAACGUAAGCUUUUGGUGCAGAAGAGUCGCCUGCAUCCGUCUACCUGCACACAACCACAGCCGUGAUGUCAAGAACAAGCCGGCGGUGACCCAGAGGCCCCAGGCCAGCAGGGCGUCAGCGAGAUGGAGGACCCGGGAGAAGAGCGUGUUGCCCCCAGCGGGUCCCCGAGCAUUUGGUGUCUUGGCGGUGACAGCCCCCACGGCACACCCAACCCAGAAUCCUGCCAGGAUCGGGGACCGCUGGCCCUGCCAACCCUUGCAGCCCUCACCUGGGGUCUCUGCCCAGGGAAGAGCCAUUCAUUCUUAGCUUCAACCCAGAGGCCACCAAGCUGGGAGAAGUUACAAGAGGCCAAAACCAGAACUGCCCAGAGAAAAGUAAACGUCCAUUUCCAGUCUUCAGCUCUCUCUCCACUUCCUAGGUCUGUGCUUCAGUUUCCUCUCCUGCCAAAGGGGUAGUAAUCCUCUCGGAGGGUUGUUUUCAACAUGACGUUAACGCAUGCACACGCAGCAGUCAGUUCAGUGCAUGUAGUGAAUGGUGAUGAUCAGCCAAUCAAAGUCCUGUCGGUAGCCAUGGAGACAGGAAGCCAGCUCCCUGUCCUGCCACUAACCUGUAGUGUGACUUCAGCCACAGUGUGAUCCCCACCCCACCCCUGGGGCUCUGCUUCCUCAGUUCUCCAAGGGGCUGAGCCAGGGAUGUGCCGGCUCCUACCAGCCAGCCGUCCCGUUCAGAGGCCUGAGGGAACCUCCCUUUUCUGACUGCAGAGGGACUGUCUGCCCACUGGGAAUAGGCAGGGCACGUGGAAAAUAAAUAAAGAGGGCGGAGAGGACCGAGAAGGACCACACGUGCAGGCCUGGCAGCCAGGGUUCAUUUGAAGCUUCAAUUCAGUUACACGUUAACCCACUUAAACUUUUUGUUCCUCUCCAACUAUUUUUGACCAUCACGCAGGCAUGGCCUCUUGUUCGCCAAGAACCCAGCGGUGGGAAGUGGUGCUUACUGAACUGAAGGGGCCCAGCCACCAUGGCCCAGUGCAAGGCCGAGCCGGACGACUGGCUGACCGUCUACCUGAAGUACUUACUCUUUGUCUUUAACUUCUUCUUCUGGGUGGGGGGCGCCGCCGUCAUGGCCGUGGGCAUCUGGACCCUGGUGGAGAAGAGCGGCUACCUCAGUGUCCUGGCCUCCAGCACCUUCGCCGCCUCCGCCUACAUCCUCAUCUUCGCGGGCGCCCUCGUCAUGGCGACCGGCUUCCUGGGCUUCGGUGCCGUCGUCCGUGAGGACCGGAGCUGCCUCUCCACGUACUUCUCCCUGUUGCUGGUCAUCUUCCUCGUUGAGCUGGUGGCGGGGGUGCUGGCCCACCUGUACUACCAGAGGCUGAGCGACGAGCUAAGGCAGCACUUGACCCGGACCCUGGCAGAGAACUACCGGCAGCCCGGCGCUGCCGAGAUCACGGCCUCCGUGGACCGUCUGCAGCAGGAUUUCAAAUGCUGCGGGAGCAACAGCUCGGCCGACUGGCAGCACAGCACCUACAUCCUGUCUCGGGAGGCCGAGGGCCGCCGGGUGCCUGACAGCUGCUGCAAGACAGUGGUGGCCCGUUGCGGCCAGCGGACCCACCCCUCCAACAUCUACAAGGUGGAGGGCGGCUGCAUCACCAAGCUGGAGCAGUUCCUGGCCGACCACCUACUGCUCAUGGGCGCGGUGGGCAUCGGGGUGGCCUGCCUGCAGGUCUGCGGAAUGACCCUCACUUGCUGCUUCCACCGGAGGCUCCAGCUGCGUUCUUACUAACAUGCCCAGCCACGCCCCCUCCAGUUGCUCCCCUUGAGUUCAGGUGCCCAGAUCCCACCGGCCAGGCCUGCGGGGUCCCAUCGGCUGGCCUAGAAACUCCCCACACUCUGUGCCAGCCCCUUCGGACCCACCGAGUGCCUGAGACCGUGGCUCCUGCAGCUCCACCAAGGCGGGGGGCCCUCGGCCUCCGCCCUCCAACUCCGAGCGCUUGUUCCAGAAUCCCCGGGCAGGAUACGGAUCCCCUUGGGAGCCACAGCCAGAGCCUCGCCAGGCAUGGCCCCUGGGGACUCCGCUGCGUCCCAGCUCUGGCCCCAGGCCCCCGGGUACACCUGCGCUCGGUACGUGGCCCCCCCGUGAGUGCAGAGCAUUCCUCCUGCCUCCAUGGCUCUGAAAGUGCAUCGGAUGGGGGGGUUCCAGACGGCUCUGCCCCCAGAAGCCCCAGCCCUCCCCUCAACCCUCCUCACCUGGAGGGGAGGGUGCCUGUGGUGGCCUGGUUCCUCCCUGCAGGGCCCAGGAGCCAGGCGGUAGGGAGCUGGGGUUGGGCUGCGGCAGGCAGAGGGGAGCCCCCGGGACAGGGAGCAGGCGGCCCCCUUGGCCCCCCCACCGUGAGCAGUUCCCCUGGGAGACCAUGGCCCCAGGCCCCGUCUCCAGCAGGUGCCCCUCGCGGGUCUCCUGUCUGUGGCCUGAUUCUCAGGAAGGCCAGGCUUUUAAAACCACCUUCAGCUCUUAAUGUUGGUGGGAGAAACCUCCCUCCUGAUUAAACUGAAUCUCAGACCCUGCAAAGUUGGAGCCUCUGAGAAGGUGCAGCUCUGAGCAGAGGGGCGCUCUGCCCUGAACCUCCCCGUCCUGGCUCCUGGACCCCCCGGCCGCCUGCAGGGGCCCCGCUCCGCUUCCUGGAGUGGAUAGAGCCCCCACUGAGGUUCUCUCCUGCAUCUCUGAGUUGCUGAACUUUCCCGAAGAGUGAGGGAGAACAGAAAGGAGGUCCUCGCAAAUACGGGGGACGGAUGCUGCCAGUUUUCCAAAGAACGCGUGUCAACUCGUAAGACAGCCGUGGGGCCCCUCCACGUGCCUAUUGCAAGCGGGCAGCUCCCAACACCAGAGCUCACGCCGGCUUCCCCAUCUCCCGGGUCCUGGUCCCCCUCCUCCCGCUUCCCUUCCCUGAGAUGAGGCCCUUUGUGAUGCGUAGACCACGCCAGGAAAGGCCACACCUUGCCUCCCCAGUCCCUUGCUGACCCGGAUCGGUCCCAGGUGAAGGGUGUUUUCUCUCCCAUUCCUGGGUCAGUGCUGCCCCCAACACAGCUCCAACCACACUGAGGCCGCACACCCCCAGAAGAGGCAUUGCCCUCAUGCACAGAGAAUCCCGGCCCCGGGCUCCCCCGGGGGACUGUCGGAGCCCUGGCUGCGCCAUCCUCCAGGGGGUCUCCAACGCGAAUUCAUUAAAAGAGAGACCAGCUUCCCAGCAACCCCAGGCCGCGCCGAGGCCGCAAAACCGUGCCCUGAUGAUCUCUGCGGCCCUGACUCCCUGGGACUCGUGCCGAUAAUCAAGAAAUGACCAUGACUCCUCAGUCUCUGCAGGGCUGGGUAUCAGAUUGACAAGUCUUACCACAUGAGAGCUGCAAAGGAGAGUGCUGUGUUCUUCCUGCCGAGGGGCCUGCGGGAGGCGGGGGUGGCAGGAGGUGCCGUGCUGGUCCACGUCUGUCCCUGGUGGGGCCCCUGCGUUCUUCAUGGUGGUCAGCCGGGCUCGUGCAGGUGGCUUCAGGGUGAUGGGCGUGUGUGCCCUGCGCAGCCUUGUCCUGGGGGAGGCCCGCCUGGCUGAGGGCAGGGUUCGCUGUGAUUCUUCCCUGGGCACCAUCCUUCCCAGACGGCUACUGCAGAGGGAGAGGACGGCCCAGAACUUUCUGGAACUGUGACCUUAUUCGCGCCUGGGAGGUGAGACAGGGUUGGAGGGGACAGAGGCCCAGGAUAAGGCAGGUUCCGAUGGGGCACACAAAAAGGACUGGAGUUGGGAGCGGGGAAGCCGUUCCCUGGAGCCGUGCCUGCCCUGCCUGUGAGGAGGCAGCUCUGCACCCAGGACAGCCCCUCCCGGGUCCCUGCUCAGAGGUGUCACAGUCACGAGCUCCUUGGAGAGGGUAGGACACGAUGCUGGAAGCACACACGAGUCCAGAAAAGAAGUCAGCAUUCUGCAGAGAUCUGGACACGGCAGGGGCCGGAGCCCACCCGGCGCCGGUCAGCACAUCCUCACCUGGACAGGGCUGCCCUCCCUCAGCAGCCCUGUUUUCCCACCACCUUCUGCCUCGGGAGAGCCCCCUUUGUCUGUUUUGGUGCAAUGCACAGCCCCGCACUCACCCACAGCCUUCUGUGGGCCCCCUUCACCUGCAUAAGUGCCAGACACACCCCUACAAGUGCCUCGAAGAGUUCAUUCCAGGCAGCCCGGUGUCGGGGGCAGUCCAGCUCCUGGGACCCGCCGCCUCUGGAUAUGGGUGGUCCCAAUGUUCUGGAUGUUGCCUUACCUACUGCGCACAGAGAUGGCUCUAGGUGUGAGCACGCCCCUCUCCUUAGCCUCAGCGUGAGCCCCACCUCUCAAGCGGGGGCCGCGACAAUAAAGGGAUUGCAGCCCAGGC